AUGGCCAAACCCGUCUCUAUCCUGGUCACGGGCUUCGGGCCCUUUGAUGAAGCUGGACCCGGCAAUCUGUCAUAUUCGAUCGUGACGACGUUGCCCAAAUUCCUACCGGCGACUCGGUCAAGCCAGAUCCCCGUGCGCAUCGUCGCCCAUCCCUACGACAUACCUGUGAUAUACAACGAGGUCCAUACACUCGUACCGCGCCUCUACGAGGCCUACAGCCACGAGGUCGAUAUAUGGCUGCACUUGGGAAUGCGCCCCGGCCAGAACUCGUACUCGAUCGAACUAGUCGGCCAUCGUGAUGGCUUCGAUGAGGAGAAGGACAUCACAGGCCAAACGCUCUCCGCAGAGGAAAGCAACUCGUACUUCCCGGACUGUCCUCAGCGCCUUGAAGGGACGCUUGACACCGAAGACAUCUUUGCUCGUUGGCGCUUUGAGUUGCUCGAUGCGCCAGAGGUGUCUCCGCAACUUGGCUCCGUACGCAUCCGCAAAAGUACCGAUCCGGGCCAUUUCAUUUGCGACUUUCUUUACUAUUCCGUUCUCGCUGAGCACUGGAAGAGAAAGAAUGGUGUCGACGGUGGCCCGCGCCCGCCAGACUUGAUGCCUGUCGCGUUUUUGAAUGUUCCGACAGAGAAUUCUGUAGAAGAGCUGCGGAGAGCCAGGCAUGUCACCAUGUGCCUCUUGCAAGCUCUGGCCGAGAGUUGGACUUUGAAAAGAGAUGGAGCAGGGAAUCAUAACGGGGCCUCCACGUCUUGA